AUGGCGACGAGGUCGCUUGAAAGCGCAAGCUCGUCUCCAUUGUCGUUCUACACGGCGAACGAUUCAGAGAUUGAAGAAUCUACCACUGCGAGCAGCCCCACACAGACCCUGCCCUGUCCAUAUCGUGAUGCUCGCCAGCUCCCGCGGGAGUUGAAGGGUCAUUGCCAUAUAUUUUUAGAAGAGCAGCUUUAUACUUGUGCGAUUAAUCUGCUGAAUAGCACGCUCGGCUCAGGCACAUCUAGAAGAUCAUCUUCUCCCAAAACAGUCCCUGUACCGCCACCGAGCCAUCUGGCAUUGCUCAACACCCUCAUAAUCCACCCUAUUCAUACAACACGCGCCGAGAAGUCAGAAUACCGAGACGUGGCUGCCCUGGCACUCGACUACCUUCGCAACCUGCUGACGGUCGUUGGCCCUGUCAACGCGGGGUUUCGCUCCGCCUUCCAGUUCCACGCAUCACCACGAUGGACGCGCCGAUCAGGCUUCACUAGUCCCAACGCCGACAGCGACAUGUCUGAUGGAGACUCGGAUCGCGAUCACGACCGCCUACAGGGGCGCAUGGCGAAUGAAGGCAGUUUGUGGUCUCGGGGCCAAGAUCUCUGGGCCACGGUCGGCUGGGCUUUUAACACGAGUAUACUGUAUCCGCAAAGGUGGCGUUACUGGCGAGUUUGGCUCGAAUUCAUGCUGGAUGUUCUCGAAACAGACUGGGCCGAGAGACAGCGACAGGACGAGGCGAACCACGAAGCGAAUGGAGGAGAGGGCGCUGCCCCUCUUACUGCACGGAGUGAGUCGAUGAUGGCAAUGUACAUGGAGCAGAGCAUGGACGGGCACGUGGCCUUGAAGCGCAUCAUCAAGGCUCUUUUUGCCGACGGCGGGAAGUUGUCGUCGUCUAGCUUCCCCGAGGUGUUUGAGAAGGAACCGCGUGGCCCAAAGAAGGCGACCAGGAAGAGGAAGAGGGAACAAGUUCUUGACCUGGAGAAUGGCAAGUUUGGAGACUAUUUCGACGACGACUCCAUUUCGUCGGGCGUCUCGGAACCACCCACCCCGCAGAAGCCCCGAGAUGGAAGGAAUAGCGACACAAUGGGGGUUCUGAGUCCCGGUUUGGUCGAGUCGAUCAGCAUUCGCCUGAGGUUCUUCAAGAUGCUGUCCGCUGCUACGGCUGCUCUCCGCAAACAGCGCGAGCUCGGCAAUCUAUAUGAGGACUAUGUGCUCGCGAUAAAGAAGCUCCCCCUUCCACUCUACUCGCUCUAUGUCGCACAAAGAGAGAACCCGCUUCCGCCUGAAAUCCACGUCCCUCUCAUACAGGAGCUAUUUCGCCUGCUCCUGCCACAGAGUGGCAAGAGUACGGCAAAAGUUGACCCCGAAGGCGACGCAAAUGGCAUACUUACCCUGCCCAUGCUAGAAUACUGCUACGUGCCCAUGGCAGCAAACACCGUGAGCCUAGAAGACAACGCCAAACUUUCGCUGCUGGUUGAAAAUGCGAUCCAACUACUCUGGAUAUCCGAUAUGAUUGAAUACACGGACAGUUUCGGGGACGCAUGCGGGAGAGGGAUACGGGCGAGAGAAGCCAAGGCCAAGAAGAAACGUACGGGGAAGGCCCACGCUGAAUCGAGCGAUGUUUCUGCCAAGGAUGUGCUGACCCGGUCGGGGGAGAGGAUUCGAAUGCUGGUUCAGGUGCUGAAGGAGACAGCUCUUGACUUGUCUGAUUGA